AGGGGCGAGGGGGGCGGCGGAGAGGGGGGACACUUCGGGGGCGUCCCCCCGCCGCCGCUGCACGGCUACAGCAAGAGCGAGGAGCUGGCGACCCCUCCCCAAAAACACAUCACGCACAGCCACAGCUACAGCGACGAGUUCGGGCGGCCGGGCGGCGACUUCGGCCGCAGGCAGCUGUCGCUCCAGGACACGCUGGCACCCCCCCAGAUCACCAUCGGGGCCCCCCCGCCGCCCACCCCGCGGGGGUCGCGGGCGGGGAAAGGGGGCGGGGGUCCCUCGGCGCUGGGGGUGCCCCAGAAGCCGCGCCCGGCCAGCGGGAACCUGCUGGCCUCGCCCGAGCCCGCCUACGGCCCGGCCCGCUCCCGCCAGCCCUCGCUGGCCAAGGAGGCCUCGGUGGCCAGCAUGAAACCGCCCAUCACCAAGCAG